AUGCCAAAGACGAAAUCCCAUCCGCAGCGCUCUUCGGCCAAAGGGUCGGGGGUUCCCACCAAUGAACUCCCCAAGUCGACAAUUGAGUCUAAGAGCAAGUCGGUCGACAACCUCCGCAAUGAGAUCCAAACGCGGUUUCAGAUCUCGAACCCGGAAACUCUUGCAGACAAGAUGAAGGAUCGCAAGACGCAUCUGCUGCCCCAACAUGAGAAGAAGGAAAAAGCCCACAACGUCGUAUCAGGGCGAGGGAAAAAGCGUGAUCGAAGUGGAAAGGUCCUGAAUCAUGAUGAGAAGAAUUCCAUACGGCGAGAGAGCCUCGAAGGAGAUGAGGAGGAACAAUACGUAUUCAAAAGAGAAGCACAAGCUCUGGGUGGUACUGCUGAGGACUUGGAAUUCCUUGCAGAUGCAGAUUCUGAAUCAGAACUGGAAGGGACGACAAACAAAACUCCCAAGGAUUCUCAUUUCUCUCAGACUGAUUUCGAGGGACUAGACAAGGGAAUGACGAAUAUUUUGAGAGAGAUCGCCCUCGCUCGGGGUGAGCUAGACGAGGAUCUGGAUAUAUCAAGUCCUUCUAACGACGACGACGACGAUGAGAAUGAUUCUCGCCUUGUUCCUGCCCAAGAAAGAACGCCGUUGUCCCAGGAGAAAGACCAGUCUUUGAACAAAUUCCAAAGAGGGAAGAAAGUUCGAUUCAUUUGCGACCCGAAACCAGACUGGUUCAAUAUUUCCGAGCCCGCUGUGGAUACAGAGACACCACCGAAAAAUGUCGUCUCAAAGGACUCCCUCGAUCAAAUCCGAGAGUAUGCGAAGUCCCUACUUGAUGAGGAGAAUCAAAGAUUUAAGGACUCACAGCAGUCGUCGUCUGCUCAGUCCUUCUACAACACGAUCAUUGCUUCAGGUACGCUAUCUGACCGGAUCUCAGCCCUCACACUCGCUGUCCAAGACUCCCCCUUACACAAUUUGCGAGCACUGGAGACUCUUAUUGGGCUUGCUCGAAAACGAAGCCGGUCACAGGCGGUUGACGUGCUCCGAGCCCUCAAAGAUCUUUUCGCCCAAGGCUCUCUACUUCCAGAAUCAAGGAAACUUUAUGCUUUCCCGGCCCAACCGGCACUGCCAUAUCUAUUGGGCCAAAUGAAAACGUGGAAGAGGGGACAUAAGCUACCUCGCGGGCUCGAGCAGAGCCACCUGGUGUGUUGGGCAUUCGAGAGUUGGCUGAAAGAACAAUACUUUGAAGUCCUAAAGAUUCUGGAAGUCUGGUGUAAUGACGAGAUUGAAUUUUCCAAAGGAAGGGCUGUCAGCUACGUUUUCGAGCUGUUAAAGGAAAGACCCGAACAAGAAUCCAAUCUGCUACGGCUGCUGAUAAAUAAACUGGGAGACCCGGUGAACAAGAUUGCUUCACAAGCAUCAUAUUUACUGAUGCAGUUGUUGAUACGGCAUCCGGCGAUGAAAAUGGUGGUGGUGUCUGCGAUCGAGACAGAUUUCAUUUUCAGACCAGGACAGAGCAUGCACGGUCAGUAUUACGCGGUGGUGACGCUGAAUCAGACCGCAUUGAGCAGCAAAGAAGAAGAUGUGGCUGCCAAGUUGCUGGACAUAUAUUUCGGGAUGUUCACGGGCCUGUUGAAAGCCACCAGCAUGCCAUCCCCCAAAAUUGUGGACGGCCAGAAACCACCUCGUCGAAGACGUGGGAAGAAGAAACCCCAAGUUGUAGGACGAACCCAGACAGAAGAAUUGAGGGAGAAGCUAAUAUCAGCCAUUUUGACGGGGGUCAAUCGUGCAUAUCCCUAUGUGGGCCCAAGCGGAUCGAGCUUUACCGACCAUUUGGGAACAUUGUUCAAAGUCACUCACUCAUCGAAUUUUAACACGAGCAUCCAAGCGAUGUCGUUGAUCCAACAGCUGUCUACAACUCACAAGGCGUCGAAUGACCGGUUCUAUCGCGUGUUGUACGAGUCGAUGCUGGAUCCACGGUUGAUCAUUGCCUCUAAACAACAAAUGUAUUUGAACUUGCUGCAUCGAGCACUGAAAGCCGAUUUGAACGUCAAACGAGUCAAGGCAUUCGUGAAGAGAUUGGUGCAGAUCCUGUCGCUGCACGAACCCCCCUUUAUCUGUGGGGCUUGUUUCCUCAUUCAAGAUCUGGAGUCUUCGUUUCCAUCACUCGCAGGACUGAUCGACCAGCCUGAAGACCACGAGGACGAGGAAGAAGUAUUUCGAGACGUGGAUGAAGAUGCUGACGUGACCGAUCCUGCUACCAUUGAAAAGCCGGCUGGUAACGUGUACGAUGGCCACAAACGUGCUCCAGAGUAUGCCAAUGCAGACAACAGCUGUGUGUGGGAGCUUCUUCCAUUUCUGGCGCAUUUCCACCCUUCGGCGUCUGUCAGUGCCGAUCACGUUUUGCGUCAGGCCAAAUUGCCCGGAAAACCAGAUCUGAGCCUGCACACACUAAGCCAUUUCUUAGACCGAUUCGUCUAUCGCAAUCCGAAGUCAUCUUCGUCUGGAUUGCGAGGGUCGUCGAUUAUGCAACCCAUGGCAGCGAGUGACACUCAAAAUGUGCUCAUCGGCGGCACUUCAGGUGGUCAACGAAGGUUACCCGUGAACAGUGAAGCAUUCAAGUCUCAGAAGAGCGAGGAAGUUGCGGCGGAGGAUGUUUUCUUCCACCAGUACUUCUCCAGCCUUGGGAACGCAGCGGCCAAGAAGACGAAGGUCAAACAGAAACGCAGAGGCGAAGAUGACGAGUCAGCUGAUGAUGAAGAUGAAGUAUGGAAGGCUAUGAUGGAUAGUGCUCCAGAUCUCGAGGGCGAAGAAGAGAGCGAGGAUGAUCUGGAUCUUUCUGAGCUGGAUUCGGAAGACGUGGAUGUCGAGGAGGGGAUAUUUGAUGACGACGACGACGAUGAUGAAGACAAUUUGAUGGAAACAGAUGACGAGGCGUCCGACUUUGCCGGAUUCGACCGGGCAGAUGAGCAAGCUUCGGUCAAGAAGGGCAAGAAUGAUACCAAGAAGAAGACCAAGACGAAGAACGGGAUGAAGCUGAAGAACUUGCCGACAUUUGCAUCUGUGGAAGAUUACACAAAGAUGCUGGAGAAUGAUGAGAAUGCGGACGUGUGA